AUCAUUAAAAUAAAAAAGAAACUUUGGAGGAGGGGGCAAAGAGCUACAGAAAGGGCCAAGGAAGGUUCUUUUCUGCAUCAAAUCCAUUUCUUUAAUAAGUGCAUAUCUUUGUUCUCUCUGCUCUCUUUCCUUCUUCUUCAUCUACAUUUUCCACUUAAUUCAAGGUUAUAUCUCAAUUACUCACUGUAUUUUUCUCUGUAAUACUUCAAGUGGGGUGUUUAAAGUUUAAUGUCUAGGCAAUUUAAGCAUGGUUACAUAGGGUUUUCAGAGGUUUCUUCAAUGGAAAACUCUGUAAAUUCACCCAAAUUUUCUCUGAAAACUGAGUUAAGUCUUGGAUUACCAGGUUCUGAGUCACCUGAAAGGAAACCUGGGGUUACUAUUUUUGGUAAGGAUUUUGAAGGAAAAACCCAAAAUGGGUCAAUUAAAGCUUCUUCUUCUGGGGCUAAAAGGGGUUUUUCAGAUGCAAUUGAUGGUUGUGAGAAAUGGGUUUUUACUAUAAAUGGAAAUUCUGAUUCUAAUUUGAGUAAAGAUGGAGGGCAAAAUGGUAAUAAUUUUACUUCUGUGGAGAACAACAAUAUCCCUUCUUCUCCUAAACCUGUUCAGGAUAAGCAGCCUCAACUUUCUGCUGCUAAUGAUCAAAAUUCUGCUCCUGCUUCCAAGACACAGGUUGUGGGAUGGCCACCAAUUCGAUCUUUCCGAAAGAAUACCCUGGCAUCUACUUCUGCGAAGAACAAUGGGCAGGCGGAGGAGAAAUCAGGAGCUGCAUGCCUCUAUGUCAAGGUUAGCAUGGAUGGUGCUCCAUAUUUGAGGAAGGUGGACCUCCAAACCUAUAGAAACUAUAUGGAUCUCUCUUCUGCUUUAGAGAAGAUGUUCAGCUGCUUUAUAACUGGUCAGUAUGGCUCCAAUGGGCAUGUAAAACAGGAUGGAUUGGGCGAGAGGCAAUCAACAGAUCUUCAAAAUGCUGAAUAUGUGCUGACAUACGAAGACAAGGAUGGUGAUUGGAUGUUAGUUGGUGAUGUGCCCUGGAGGAUGUUCACCGAGAACUGCAGGAAGCUUCGGAUCAUGAAAGGGUCAGAAGCUAUUGGACUAGCUCCAAAUGCAACUGAGAAGUGCAAAACUGAAGCCUGAGAACAGAUGCAGGCAGCAUCAGAGCAAGUAAGGAGGCAUCUAGUGGAACACCAGGAGCCUUCAAGAGGUUUUGAAAUUUAGGGAGUGUUUACGAGUUUAUUAGAUUUAAUGGUUGUGAAAAAAAAAGUUAUUAUGUACUAGAUAAAUAUACAUUAUUGUAGACAUUUCAAGCUUUUAUAUUAACCUCCUGAGUUUGGGUGUGCAUAGAUAGAUCCCUUUUUUUAUGAAACAUUUUGAGUUCAAGAGGCAUGAAAUUUGGAUUUAUAAAGUUCCACAUUCAAUUGA